AUGGAGGAAGCGCGAAGAUGGAUCGAGACGGACGAGAGCGCCAUGGAGAUGCUCGCCAGGACCCUUGCUCAGCGGCCAUUUCUCCUGAUGCCGCCCCUCCAUCGUGUACCCCUCCGAGUCGGCAAUGUCGUCGAGAUCGUCGGUCCUUCCUCUUCCGCAAAAUCAGAGAUCCUGCUACAGGUGAUCACCGUCUGUAACAAUGGAGGUCGUCCACACUUGUUAUCUGUUCGUCUUUUUCCCUCUCGUUUACUGGUGGGGAUAUCUCUCUAGGCAGCCGUGAACUGUAUCCUUCCAAAGGACUGGAACGGCGUCCACUUCGGCGGUCUGGAGCAGCUUGUGGUGUACUUCGACCUGGACUGCCGCUUUGAUGUGCUCCGCCUUUCUCAUGCUCUAAGAUGUCGGAUAAUGGAGGCCUCGGGUAAAUUUAGUCGAAUCUAGGUCGCAUUUCCUGUCCCUUGUUUCGCUAUUUUGUUUGAUUAUGCGCUGGUGUGAAAGCACGUACUAGAUUCGUCUCUUACGACGAAAGUAUCGAAAGUAAGUGAUACGAUCGGUCCACCUAAAGUCAGGGACUUGCUUCUGCUUCUUAUUUAUAAGAUAAUAUCAUGAUGGGAAAAACGUGGAUGCCCGACACUAAAGAUUGUAAAAAAUGUGCGGGUUGGUCUGCCUCUUCUCACAAGAUGACUGCUAUUUGUGACGUACGCUGUGCGUGAUAUUCGUUCUCGAUCGUGGGUAAAUUGAUCCAAUUCAUGGCUCCACGUCCACUAUUUGCCACAGAUAACAAGAAUCUCCCGUAUGAUUUGAUAAUGCUGGAAUAUAGUUUGCUAGUUGACUCGUAGAAUUGACACUCGAUUUAUCAAACAGGAUUUGCCAAAGGGGAGUUUCAAGUUGGAUCACUACACUUUCAUGAAACCGUGGACCCUUCUUCUUAUAGCAGUGAGGAAUUGUUUCUAGUUUGCAUGAGACGAUUCCUGUACAUCAGAUGUUACAGCAGCUCUGAAUUUUUGUCGACACUAAAGGUGAGAAUUAUGGUUUAAUCAAAUCAUAUCAGAUCCAGUAUUUGAAUUUCGUUUUUUUUUCAUUUACAUGUUGCGUUUAUCAGUUCUGGAUUUGCUUGUUCAGUCAGUCAGACCGGAUGUUAAAAUUUAUAAUAUGUUUCUUGCUUAGUCAGUUCUGAUACCUAUUUCUACUUGUGCCUAACUUUUCCAGCGACAUAGUAGCAUCAAUAUUUUUCCAAUGAUUCUCUGAGGUUUAUGACAUAAUUGGUGUGCAAUAAUUUAUCUUUACUUUCAUAAAUUCUAGACAAUGCGGCACCGGAUUCAAAAAGAAAGUGAAGCUCAAGGGGUUCGUGUUCGUUUCCUCAUGAUUGAUAGGUCUGCAACACCAUCCGCAUCCUUUUAUAUAUGCAGAUACUGAAUGGGUAGUGCUCUUUUUUUUCUUUAAUGCACAUGAGCGUUGGUCUAAGUGGAUGGGCUUUCAGAAGGAAGGGUAUGGACUACAUAUCUCUUAAAGAUUCAUUUUUGAUAUGUUAAUUCAAAUUUCAGGUAAGUGGCAAAUAUCUGUCCUAGUCAUUGGUACCUGGAAGGAAAUAUAAGUGUUUUCUGGGGAAACAUCUGGGUAAUACUGGGGAGGCCUGGGUUGGAAGAAUUAAGGUAAUGGAACCAUAUGCCAUUGUUAGAUGAUCAGUUAUGCUCUCCAUCAACCUUGGAAACCACAGUUCUGCCCACUUGCUUGUUUCAAUGGGCUUAAGGAAUGAUUCUUCUCAUAAUAAAUUUUUGGGCGUUGUGUUCCUUUAUUAAAGCUUACAUAAUACUUUUUUAACGCAUGCUCUUGUGUACUAAAUUCUCGUUUGCAUCCUCAGAAAUUGAUGACAUGAAAUAUAGGCAAUGCAUUAUUUAAUAAAAAAUAAAACAUGCGAUCGUAACGAUCAUACGAAGUCAUUGUUUGCUUUUAGGCUGCACACACUCUAUUUUUGCUGUUGACUUGACAAAGCCGAAAAGUUGGCCUUCAAAAUGAAGGAGCGUGCCAAAAGUUGUGCUCACAUUGACUGUUACGAAUUAUGGUUAUAAUGAGAGGCAUGAUAAUUGGUUUUGAGCUGGGCUGCCCAAUAAUUUUAAUAUAUGGAAUCUCAUCUUGUAUGCAGAAACUUCUUGGCUAUUAAUCAUCUCGAUGUGCUAGUUAUCUGUCAUCACAUUGGAUUUGUGCUUAUUCAUUCAUAUAAAUUUAUUUAAUUCUAUUUCUUCCAGUAUCAAUGCUUUUUAUUGGAUUGAUCGAGCAUCCCAACCCUUGCCGUCACCUGGUGAUAAUAGGUGAUUAUUCGUGUGACUCUUUUAUCUUUAUGUGAACUGUUGUUGUUGUUCAGUAGUCCUUCGUAGCCAUUUUCUUUUCAUGUUUACAUAUGAAAUUGGCUCAUUUUGACGCAUUUUCAUGAUAUAAUAUUACGCGUCGGUGCUAUUCCUUAACAGACAUCAAUAUAUAUCAUUCAUCAGGCAUGAAAUCCUUAACAGACAUUUUUUACAUACUGAUUUGUGAUAUGUAGUGGGGAGGUUUAUCUUGUAACUUAAAUCUGAAAAUCGGAUUGUUGGAAUGGAACGCAUCCAAAUAUUUGGCGAAUCUGAAGCUGUUUUUGAAAGCUGGAAUUCAGGUUGAAAGGAUAUGUUCAGAUGCGCCCGUAGUAAAUUUGAAUCGGUUUUUUCAUCGUGGUUUAGACAACACUGCACACAGAUGGUUAUGAAAACGACAUUUUGAUGCUUGUGCGAAUAAUCUUGAACUACUCAUGUUGCCAUUUAUCUAAGCACCUUCUAAAUGCUCAUUUUUUUCUCUUCAAGACACAACUCAUGUUUUCUUGGAUUGGUACUAAAUCUGUUGAUACGGUACUCUGCACGUUUGUUGGAAUUUUCUCCGAGUCCACUGAGUCUUUCUAACCGUGUAUGUGAGUCCAUUUGUCACUCUCUUUUAAUUACCGAUCCUGCCAUGCAAGUUUGACUGAUUUAGUUUCUCAGUGAUUGCCACUGUACUUGGAAUAUCAUUACAAUUGUGUUCACUAAAUGGGGAUCGGAUAGCGACUUGGUGAAGACAGAAGCACCUUUUGGCUCAAUGCACUUCAUGACUUCUCCUUUUGCCCUUUUCUCUUUUUGUAGUGCUUCGUCUUUAUUGCAUAUGUGCCCAUCUUCAGUUGUAUGAUCAUUUCAUGCCAUGAUGCCUAAUUUUUCAGGAGAAACUUCUCACUUCAAUGCAUAACAGAAUCAAUUGUUCUGGAAAUCAGUAGGCUCUUGCAGAUGGAACCAAUGCUUGUCCUAGCUACGAAGGCAGCGAUUUUACGAAUUGAGCUUACAAGAAACGAGCUAAGAGGGUUUGUAGAUCGAGUACAAUAGUUUCUGAUAUUUUUCUUUCCAUUCUGCUUUUCCAUUAUGAAAAAGCAUUCUUGUUUUUGUUUCUGCUUGAAAGCUACGUUAAAUUUUAGUUGCUGUAUCGGAAUAAUCAGCAAGUUGUCAACUCGACUGAUGAAUCUAGCUGGCUUGAAGCAAAAGCAAUCCACAUGUUCUGAUUUGUGUUUUCUUAUGUUUCCAUAGCCUCAUCAAGUGAUCAAUCUACAAUCUCUGGUCUAUCUGGUUGGAUAAAGUCAAGGAAUUUUGAGCCUCAAAUCAGUUCAUUUAGUCUUUUUUUUUUUUUAAUUGACAUUACACAAAAUAACACUUCAUAUGAGUUUUAAAUUUUUUACUUGUUUUCCAGUACGUUUUACGGUAUUUCCAGUAGGUUUAAAUUUUUGCCGUUUCAGACCUAUGCUUCAUCUUUAUAGAUUUGAUCAUAAAUUCAAUUUCCUUUAAUGAAUAAGUGGCAUUUAAACCAAUUAAUAAAAUGAUCUUGAACCUUGUGCUAUAGGUCAUCUGGGAAGUGGGCCUUCGAAGAAAACUUUGGCUCAACUAGAGAGCAGGAGAAGUAUCGCGAGUUCAUGCCUUCUGCUUGGCAGGUCUUCUGCUUUGAUAUCUUCAUUUCCCUUUUAUUUUAUGCAGGAUAUUACCAUAAAAUGCAGUCUGAUGUAUCUCGGAUCACUUGACAUAUCAUGUUCAUCGAAGCACCAUGGACAUUUAGACCAUGAGUCUUCCAUGUGCUCGAUCAAAGCCAUAAUGUUUUCUGGCCAUCCUGUGGUUGAUUAAAGUUUCUAGCAUAAAUAUAUUUGGUAAAACUUAUUCUAGAAAAGUUCCCUAAUUACGAUUAUCCUUUGUUGAUUGCAGGCCUUUGUCACACAUAGGGUACUUCUGCGAGUUUCAGGUUUCAUCUGGACUUUUUUAAUAUUUACCCGUACAAUAUAAUUAUCUUUCCUUGGUCUUUAGUCCUUUAUAAUUAUUUUAUUGAUGUCCUAUAUUAUCAAAAUCAAAUCCUCUCUUCCGCAGAGGAAAAACUUCGUGAUGUGGAUGACAAACUCCUCCCGAUCUACAUGUCUCAGUGGGUGGUUCCACCACUAAACUAUUCGGACAAGUUUUAUGUUACGGAUGUAGGUUUCUUUUGUUGCUGCUUAAUUAUUUUCAAUAUCGGUUCGAAUAAUUGAAAUUAAGCAUGGUUUUAAAAUAUUUAUUUAUUUGAUAAUCCUCUUGACCUCGCCGUUUUCGGCUUACCCAUUUGACCAUUUUUUCUGUUCUUGCUGUUCUAGACCGGUAUUUCGAUGAUGUCUUAAAGGAUGUCCAUGUGGGACUAACCGAGUCUUUCUCCAGACCUUGGCUUCCAUCCCCCUCAAGGUAUGUCACUCUCUCUUCCAUCUCUGUUCUUGGAGGUCAACGGUAAAAGUCUAAAGUUUAUGCUUUGAAGGGGGGAGGUCUUGAUCCAUGCUUGAAACUCUCAGUACGUCCAAGUCCAAUUAUAUUGUCUCCUAACGCAGCCAAUGUGCCACUUCAGCGUGCUGCCACAUGGCAGCCUGCUGACGUGGCAUACCAGCUGCGUCUGCUGACAACAAGGGUGGUAUUAGAAAUCGGCAUGUGGUUGGUCCGCAGAUGACCCUUAGUUAUUACUGGAGUUUUUUGUUUUUUUGUAUUUUAUUUAGAUCUUGGUGAUUAAGUUACAGCAUGAAGUGUUGAUCUUCCAUUUUGGUUGA